AUGGAUGUCAAUUGUUGUCCACGUAAUGAUUUUUCAUUUCCAAUGAAAAAUAGUACAAAAGAAUUUGUUUCAACAUGGCCAACAGCAACAACCAGCAAUGGAGUUACUUCAACAAUAUCGAAUGAAAAUAUCUUCGAUCAAGAACAAAAACCUUUUCAAGAUUACAUUCUACGUAAUACAUCGAAUAUAAUGUCACUUGAACAAUCAUGUGUAUUACCAUUUCAACAACUUGUUUUAAAUGAUCUUAAUCCUCGAAAUUCUUCUUCAGCUAUGCGUCCAUUUUCAUACAAUAAUGAAGCUUUACCAUUCAGUUCAAAUCAUCAAUCUAAUAUAAAUGAUGAAAAUGCAUGUCCACCAUGGUUACUUUCGUUAACAUCAUCGUCAUCAUCUCAACAACAACAGCAACAUCAUCAACACCAACAACAACAACAAUCGAUUUUACCAAUACGAGAUGAUACAACAGAAAAUAUCCGUCAUUGGAUUGGAGAUUUUUCUACUGAACAAUCAACUGAUAUGAAUGGUAUACAACAAAUUCCAUUACUUUCACAAAAAGUAUUUAUUGGUGGUGUACCACGUUUUGCAACUGAAACUGAUAUUCAUGCUAAUUUUGAUCGUUUUGGCGUAUUUGAAAUUCAAUGGCCAAAAUUACAUGGUGCACAUAAAGAACAACAUCGUGAAAAUGGAUUCUUUCAUAUUGUCUUUCAUAAUGCAAAAUCUGUAUGUUCAUUAUUAGAUAAUUGUUCAAGACAAACAAAUAAUAAUGCAUGUGCUGAUUAUUUUAUUCAUUUUGAAACCGCAACUGGUUCAAGAAAAACUGUUGAAGUUAUUCCAUGGAAUAUUGGAGAUAAUAAUUAUGCAUUACGGCCACCACAACAACUUGAUUCAAAAAAAACCAUAUUUGUUGGAAAUCUUCAUGGUACAAUGACAGCUAGAUAUUUAUGGCGAUUAAUGGAAGAUUUAUUUGGUGGAGCUGUUUAUGCCGGAGUUGAUAUUGAUAAAUAUAAAUAUCCAAUUGGCAGUGGUCGAGUUACAUUUGAUAAUAGUUCUAGUUUUCUUCAUGCUGUUUCAACAGCUUUCGUUGAUGUACGAACACCUCGUUUUUUAAAACGUCUUCAAAUCGAACCACAUUUACAAUAUCGAUUCUGUUCUUUAUGUAAAAUAUCAGCUGGUGAUUUAUUUUGUCGAAAUUUUGCUUGUUUCGAUUAUUUUUGUCAACGAUGUUGGCAAAAAAUUCAUAUUGGUAAUAUGUCUUCGCAUAAGGCAGUGACACGUCAUUCAAAAUCAUCACAGCCAAUCUUUCAUCCACCUAUGCAAGCACAAACAGUUGGAACUGUUCGAAAUGCAAAUGGAUUUUAA